UGCCGACUUGGCGAUGCCAGAGGCCCUGCCGGGAUACGACAGACGUUGGUCGAUCUGGACUCCGCGAUCGUCACUGAGGUCGUGGCCACUGCAAGCACCCAAGUUGUCGUGAGCCUGGCCCCCGGAUAAUACACCGAAACCUUGGGGGCGAGCCGAGUUCCGUCCCGACGGCGGUGCACCCCACGGCCGUGCGGCUCCGAUGUGGGGGACAGCGCAUGCGGGGCCGAGCCGGUACCGCACGUAUACGUGAUGUAAGGGGGAUUCAAAAUACCAUGUCCCGAACCGGCUCUUCCGUGCUCGCCAGUUCCAGAUCUUCAUUUUGUCAGAGCCGACAGUUUUCGACUCGGUAAGCUCAAGGACCAGGGAACCCCAGCCACAAGCCUCCAGCCAUCCUAGCCGUCGUCAACCAUGACGUCCUCAUCAUCAUCCUCCAUCCAGCAAUGGACCAUCACGGAGCCAUAUCUCAACCUGCACUGCGGGCUCGGUGAGGGCCCCUUCUACGAGAAGGCGAGCAACACGCUUCGUUUUGUCGACAUCAAGAAGAAGCGGCUGCACACCGUCGACCUCGCCAAGGGGCCCGAGUCGGUCACCACGCUCCAGCUCGACACGUGCUGCACCGUGACGGCCGACAUUGUCGGCGUCGACCCCGCGGACAAGAUCCUCUUCGGCGCAAAGUACGGCAUCGCCGUGCUCGACCGCAAGUCGGGGUCGUAUGAGUACGUGUCCAAGUUCCAGACGGACGCGGACAACAACAGGCUGCGCAGCAACGACGGCGGUGCCGACCCCCAUGGCCGGUUCUGGCUGGGCACCAUGACCGACUUUGACAUGGGAGAGUUCAGGCCCGAGGGCUCCGUCCACCUCUUCAAGGGCCGCAACGCCCCGGUGAUCAAGAAGACGCCCGUCACCAUCCCCAACUCGGUAGGCUGGUCUCCGGACGGCAAGACCAUGUACCUGACGCACUCGUCGUCGCUGACCGUCUUUGCCUACGACUACUCGGGCAGCGACGAGGCCAUCACCAACGAGCGUGUCUUUUACACGCACGAGGGGCCCGGCGAGCCUGACGGCUUCCGCGUCGACGCCGAGGGCAACAUCUGGCACGCCGUGUACGGCGAGUCGCGCGUGCUCAAGCUGUCCCCCGAGGGCAAGUUGGUCGGGCAGAUCAACCUGCCCACCAAGAACAUCACGUGUCCCCAGUUUGUGGGCACGGAGCUGUUCCUAACGACUGCAGGCAUGGAGAAGGGCGAGGGCACGGACGCCGAGGUCGAGAACAGCGGCGGCUUGUACAAGAUCGACGUUGGUGUAAAGGGGUUGGAUCUGUUCGAGUUCAAGCUAGACGCGUAGACUACUGCCUGGCCGUUUAUAUGCUGGCUAUAAGAUACCACGGCGAAACGUAUAGAAGCUCAGAUAGAAAUUGAUCCUGGAGCUGCAAUUUGUCGUA